AUGUUCAAAGACUUAGGAUAUCAAUUGCUUAUUAAAUGGAAACUCUGGAAAGUAUUGAUACUAGUAUUUCCAUUUACAUUUAUAUAUGGAAUAUACCUGCUCUUUGUAAUAUCAUCUAAAUCAGAUCGAAAUUCCUUUGAUGGAAGUCAAUUAAUUCAAGUCGAGGUCAAUAAUGAGUUAGCUUAAACCUUAAGUUAGUAUUCUGAGUAAUACAUGAAAGAAUUUGGUAAGACUGGCGAUAUCCGAUAAUUGAUGAUGAAAACGUUUAAUAAUAUGGGUUUGGAAACAUUUUAUUAGGAGAAGCACAAAAAUGUGAUUGCAAAAUUGAAAGCACCAAGAAGUCCUGAUUAUGAAUGCAGUUUGAUAUCGUUUGAAUAUAACGAUGAGGUUCCGAAUAUCAAGAUCAGAAGUAUUGCAUAUGUGUUGGCACUCAUUAGACUAUUUUAAUCAGAUUACAUAAAUUAUUUAUCAAGAGAUUUAAUAUUUGUAGGCUAUCAUUCAAAUCAUAAAAGAUACGGUCAAGGAAUUACAGCAUUCUUGGAAGAGUAUGUAAACCCAUAGGGAGUGUCCUUUAUGCCCAGAUCUGGGACUAUCAGAUCUUCAAUCAACAUCAAUCUAGAUGAUAAAUUUGAUUCUGUUGCCUUGAAGGUAUUUGGAUUGAAUGGUAAAGUCUCAGACAGAGAUUAUUACAAUAGUAUCAACAAGAUUAUGGAAAAAUAGAAUUUUUAUUAUUAAUUUACAGAAACUAACUAUUUUUGGAUGUAAAAACUUGAAACCUACUUAGAAAAUUAAAUAAGAAAAUAUUGGUAGCUAUUAGAAUUAAAUUCUCUGUAUUAGAUACCUUAAGCUAGAUUCUUAUAUAUGAAUCCUUAUUUUUCAAAUCAAAUUGAGAUGUUUCAAGGAGAUCUGCAUGAUGCUCAUUCUUAUAUUAUGAAAUAUGGAAUUUAUUCAUUAACAUUAAGAGGGUACAAUUCUCAAAACAAAAAUGAUACAGUUUAAUUGACUAAUAAGUUGUUAUUGGUAGGAGAAGCCAGUAUUAAGGCAUUAAUGGCAAACGAUGAAUUCAUCCAUUCUGGUUCAACUCUAUAUGUUCCUUUAAACAAAAAUUCAACAUUGACAAUACAGAAUUAUUGUUUGCCUUAUGUGUUUGUGAUUUUGAGUUGUGCCAUCUUUGCCAUAAAGUCAGUUUAUAGUAGAUGGCAUUUCAAUUUAUACAAUGAUGAUAAAAAAGAAUUGGGUAGAUGCAAUUCAAUGGUUGCACAUAAAGCAAUCAUUGAAAUCUUUAUGGGUUUCACCUUAUGUUUCAUUCCAAAUAUGAUGAGUUAUUUAAAUAUACAGGAGUUCGAGUAUUUCAAUUAAUUCUUUGCCAUUAUGCUGGCCAUCAUAGUGAUAUACUAGAUAAUCAUUUAUUCUACCAGGAAAUGGAUUUUUGGAUAAUUUAGAUUGCCUCGUAAAGAAAGUGUGGCAGAAUGGUUAUGGGUUGAAUUAGUGAUUUAGGUAUGUUUUGUGAUGAUGUAUGCGGGAAUAGUUCAAAUACCAAUAGCCACAUUUAUUGCCAUUUUCUUAGGACCUUGGUUUUUCUUCAUUUAACCAUUGAGAUUUAAACCUAAUUUCAAGUUAUGGGAUAUAUUCACAUACUUAAUCAAUUUACUGUUUUUAUAUGGAUAUUUUUAGUUGUUUUCAUACUUUGGGUUUGAGUCGAUUUUAACAUACUAUAAACAGGUGGUUAUCAAUUAUAAUAAUGUUGGAGUGUAUUUAUUUUAUUAUUUAAAUGGGGCAUUGAUUCCAUCUUUAAUAAGAUUUUUUGAGUUGUUGUUAUUUUGA